GCCAGAUUAAGCGGUUUAUAUGUGAAGAAAUCUGCACAGCUCAACAAUCAUGAGAGUAAAAAUCGGUCCUGUCAUAGUCCUUUUUCUACUUGCACUGUUAUUAGCAGGUGCUCAUGCACAAUUUGACGAAGGAGAAUUUUUGACUAAUGAUGCUGAGCGCUCAGAUAAUUCAGAAAUUAAUAUUCGAAAGUCAGCCAGUCAAUUAUUGAACGGAUUCAAGUCGAUCUUCCUAAGCUCGCAGGAGGAAAAUUGCGCGCUUUAUGGAAACAAAUGUAGUCUUCAUGGGGACGAUCCAGAAUUCAAACAGUGUUGCGAAACUCUUUCGUGCCUGUGGGUUUUGGAUCGGAAAGAAUUGGUUUGUGACUGUGCCAGAGGAUUUAUGGCAGACGACGGACACUGCUUUUGGCCGGUGUAUCCAGAUUUCAUGACAGUGGUCGUGUGGCUUGCUGUCGGUUUAGGGCUCACGAUUGCCAUCUCUUUCUUUUUAGUCACCUGUUUGAAGAAGAAGCAAACUAAUGGGCAUCUUUUGAAUGAUCUCAACUACUCCACAUUUGGCUCUCCGUCUUCGGAGAACGAGGUGCACCACUUUACGAGUGUUCUUUCCCCUGUGGCCACUUGCCAAGUGAUUGAUCGGCCGCCGGUUUACCAGAUGGAAGACCUGCCACCUUCGUACGAAGACACUUUUGUCAUCAAAUUCCACAAGAGCUGAUUUUUUGGUUCUUUCUUUCCAUAAAAACGUAAUGAUAUUUCAAUAAAUGCGGCUAUAUUUCAAUUGCAUUAAUCAAUAAAACAAGGCUGCAUUUUAUGUUAAAACAUUUAAAAUAUAUUUGUGAACUGAUUUUUUUCGUUACAGCAUUUU